AAAUAAAAAAGAUACACGUUUAAUUUGUGUCUCAAUAUGGCCACGAUGCUAAAAAAACACAUAAAUUUUCUUUCGUCGUUAUUAUUAGUGCUUUUUGCAUUUCCAAAAUCAAAUGCAAUGCCAACCAAAGACGUAUACAGUCUUUGCAAGGAGUCGUCUGAAGUAGAUUUCUGCAUGAAAAACAUUGGGUCGGACAAACGUAUAGUAGCCGCACGCGACUUCUAUGACAUAUUUUUAAUCGCGGUAUCAAGGACCCAAAUUAUAGUUGACACUGGACUCUUGGUUAUCAGCGGUGAAGAUACCCGUAAAAACUAUAAUGAACCAUUUGAGAAGAAUUGGGUCGCUGUAUGCGAGGAAAAAUACAAGAUCGCGGUUAAUAGUUUUCAGAAGGCUCGAGUAGUUGGAGAGAAAAAGUCAAAGUCAUUAACGGACCGUAUGGAAAUGUCCCAACUCACUGAAGCUGGCUUUGAGGCUGUGCUCGAUUGUCAAGACGAAUGGACAAAGAUUCUAGAACAUGAACAAGCGUGUCCUUUUUCUUACUGGUACCAUAAAGUUCGAAAACUAGUUAAAAUUACUCGUGUUAUUGUCAAAAGGCUUAACGCCUAGCUAGUUGUAUUGUUACUUUGAGUAUUAUCUGUUUAGGUUAAAUAAAUGACUUUUUUUUAUUUAUUUAUAAGUUUUUGAUAAUUUCUCAUCAUAAAUGCAUGCAAAAC